GCUCAGUGAUGGAUCAGAAUCAGAGCAGCGCAGCGGGCGUCGCUUAUAAUCAGGAUUUAACACACAAGACCAUCCUGGUGGGAGACAGUGGAGUGGGAAAGACGUCUCUACUGGUUCAGUUUGAUCAAGGCAAAUUUAUCCCUGGAUCUUUUUCUGCAACAGUGGGAAUCGGAUUUACGAAUAAAGUCCUUACAGUGGAUGAGCUGAAGGUGAGAUUACAGAUCUGGGAUACAGCGGGACAGGAGAGGUUUCGGAGCGUCACACACGCGUAUUACAGAGACGCUCAGGCGCUCCUCCUGCUCUAUGACAUCACCAGCAGAUCCUCCUUCGACAACACAAGGGCGUGGCUUACUGAGAUUCAUGAAUAUGCUCAGGAUGAUGUGGUCAUCAUGUUGCUUGGCAACAAGUCAGACAUGACCAGCGCUCGAGCGAUCAGACGAGAGGAGGGAGAGAAACUCGCCAGAGAGUAUGGAGUCAUUUUCCUGGAGACCAGUGCCAAAACCGGACUCAACGUGGACGAGGCCUUUAUGACGGUGGCAAAGGAGCUGGUGAGAUGUUCAGUCCAGCUGCCCGUCGAGCCCAGAUUUCACCUUCAUGACGUGAUGCAGCCGGAGAACGAGCCUUCCGCAUGCUGCGGCUUCAGCUAGAAGCUAGAAAACCAGAAAGACGAGAACUGAAGAGUGGAAGAGAGCAGCAGUCACUCCUGUGAUGUUUUCUCUGACACUAAACCUUCAAAGACUGUGUCAGAAAAGCAUCACAAUCACACUGAAGCACUGCAUUGCAGCUCGGUUGAUUCUUUCAUGUAAACAUGAUGAAACCAGUAAAUAACGUGUUUUAAAGAACCAGAUAUAUGCAGUAACUAUUAUAACGCCAGCCAAAAGAAGUAUUUCUUAGUGAGUCGCAUGCACACGGUAUUCAAAAAGUAGAUCUACUGUAAUAUAAUGAAUUAUUUGUGAUUUUAUAUAUGCUGCUUGCAAUUGGUUUCAGAACACACUUUUUUUGCAGCAGAAUGGUGUUGUUUUGACAUCUACCUGCUACUGAAGUUGACCAGCCUAACCAUUCCCACUGGUUACACAUUACCAUACACAAUAAAUGUCAUAUAGUACAUAGAUAAAUGUCACUAGAGUGCUUAAUAUGCUUGGUGAGCGUUUCUCUGUCAGGCUGAACGGUUUACAUCUCAUUCACGUUCCUGGAUUUUCUUAUGCUGCGUUUGAAUCUCAGGAUCUGGGAAUAUUAUGCACCAACAGAUGCUUUGAAAAUAUUGCAAUAUU